CACUGGUGAAGUUGUUCAUAUUUGGUUGUUGUUGUUGUUCUUUUAUCCAACAGGUUACUGGCCAUUUAGAUGACUGUACCUGUGAUGUAGAAACCAUUGAUGCCUUCAACAACUACAAGCUUUUUCCUAGACUGAAUAAACUUCUGGAAAGUGACUAUUUUAGAUACUACAAGGUAAACCUAAAGAAACCUUGUCCUUUUUGGGAUGACAACAGUCACUGUGGAAGAAGAGACUGUGCUGUAAACCCCUGCCCAUCUGACAAAGUCCCUGAUGGAAUCAGAUCUGGAAGUUACAAGUACUCGGAAGAAGCCAAUAAUAAUCUUGCUGAAGAAUGUGAAGAAGCCGAGAGACUGGGAGCUGUUGAUGGCUCUUUGAGCGAGGAAACCCAGCAGGCAGUGCUCCAGUGGACACAGCACGAUGACUCUUCAGACAGCUUCUGCGAAGCUGAUGACAUCCUUUCUCCUGACGCGGAGUACGUGGAUUUACUCCUGAACCCUGAACGCUAUACUGGCUACAAAGGACCAGAUGCCUGGAAAAUUUGGAACAGUAUUUAUGAGGAAAACUGCUUCAAGCCUCAGAAUGUAAAAAGACCUUUGGAAUCUGAUAGAGGAGACGAUGGAGGGCACGCGUUUUACAAGUGGCUGAAAGGUGUCUGUGUAGAAAAACGAGCUUUCUACAGGCUCAUUUCUGGUCUCCAUGCAAGCAUCAACAUCCAUUUGAGUGCCAGGUACCUUUUACAAGAUACAUGGUCAGGGAAGAAAUGGGGCCCCAAUGUUACAGAGUUCCAGCAGAGAUUUGAUGAAGUCAUCACCAGAGGGGAAGGUCCCAGAAGACUCAAGAACCUCUAUUUUCUCUACCUGAUAGAGCUGCGGGCCCUGUCCAAAGUGCUGCCGUUCUUUGAGCGCCCAGGUUUCCAGCUGUACACAGGGAAUAAGAGUCAUGAUGCAGAAAUGAAAACCCUGCUGCUGGAAGUUCUCCACCUGGUCAAGUCUUUCCCUCUGCAUUUCGAUGAAAACUCGUUCUUUGCAGGAAAUAAAAAGGAAGCUGCUAAACUAAAGGAGGAAUUUAGGCUACACUUUAAGAAUAUUUCAAGGAUAAUGGACUGUGUUGGCUGCUUCAAAUGUCGCCUGUGGGGGAAGCUGCAGACGCAGGGCUUGGGUACAGCGCUGAAGAUCCUCUUUUCUGAAAACCUAAUAGAAAAGAUACCUGAAAGUGGCCCUUCCUACGGAUUCCAGCUGACCAGACAAGAAAUUGUUGCCUUAUUUAAUGCUUUUGGAAGGAUUUCAACAAGUGUUACAGAACUGGAAAACUUCAGGAACAUCUUACAAAAUAUGCGGUGA